CGUGGUGGUCAAUCGGCGUUGCGUUUUGCACGUUUACGUAUGGAGAAGCGUCAUAACUACGUGAGAAAAGUGGCAGAAACAGCAGUGGAGAUGUUUAUUCGUAAUGAUAAAGUGAACGUGGCCGGAUUGGUGCUAGCCGGAAGUGCUGACUUCAAAACGGAGUUGGGACAGUCAGAUAUGUUCGAUCAGCGUCUUCAAGCGAAGAUGAUCAAAACGGUGGACGUUUCAUACGGUGGUGAGAAUGGUUUCAAUCAGGCGAUUGAGCUGGCCGCAGAUGCGUUGGCGAAUGUGAAGUUCAUUCAGGAGAAGAAAUUGAUCGGCAGUUAUUUCGAUGAGAUUUCACAGGUGGAUGAGUUGAUGAAAUUUGAAUUUGGAUUGCUCAUGAGUUAUUAG